UUUUCUGCCCUUGCCUCGUUCGUCUGGCUGUCUUACUUGGGGUCUUGCUUGGUGCUCUCUUCCUUCCUUUCACUGCUCCUACUAGUAACUCUUCCUCAUCUAUCGCCCUCUCCUCCUUCGUCGCCAGUUAGCUCAGUACCCUAUUAUUAUACCUAUUUCGUCUCCUAUUGCGAUAUUUCCUAACAGUCAUUCACAAAGAGAUCCUUGUCACAUGUUCCAGCAUGGCCGGCGUGAACCGGUCCUUUAGUUACAGUCGCGGCGACGAUGCGUUGUUGAGAGAUGAUGAGCGAGAGAUCUCACCCCUCCGAUCUGCAGAAGACGGUCUCUACAGUACAUCAUAUGGCGACAUCUCCCCGCUAUCUGCUGGAUUUCAAGCGCAGACUAGGCCAUUCGACCGAGGUCUGGUGUCAGUCCCGGAAGGUCAGAGCCUGGAGCGCCACAUGACCUCGACGCCGGGGAUGGAUAAUCUAGGGCCGGCCUCUGUGGGUGGCGGAAUCAGUGGUAUCGCUCUUGGCGUAGCCAAUUCUAAUAAUCGCCAGAGCGGAGUUGACGCUUUUAGGGAAACAGAUGUUCCAGUACGCAAUCUCCCUGCUGAACGGGAUUUCAACACCACCGGCUCCGAUAAUCCCUAUAUACCUGCUCCGCCCGAUGGAGACAUAUAUCCGAAUUCGGAGACGAUGAGGUAUCGCGACUCUUACAGCUCGCAUACCGGGCUUGGUGCUGGCGCGCCUUUUGCAGAACAUAGCACGCCGGGAACUACGCCAUCCCAACGUAGCUUCUUCGAUAGUCCGUACCAAGGUGUGGAUGCUGGACCGUAUCAGCGGCAUUCGGCUUAUAGUUCUCACGACUAUCCGCUUGUCAUCAAUCCGGAUGAUAUUGCUGACGAUGGCGAUGAUGGAUUCCCUGUCCACCCCAAGGGAGCGGCGGACUACAGAUCGAACGGAAAUGCGCCUGCUGCAGGUGUCGCUGGCGCCGCGGCUGCCGGGGGGCUUUUAGGGAAGUUUCGGGCGCUUUUUAAGAAAGAGCAGCCUAGUCCGUAUUAUGAUUCUGAUAUUGGAGGUGGGUUGGGAGGAGCUGAAAAGGCACAAGGAGGUAGGCACAUUAUUGGAGGCGGGAGUCGCAAACGUGGGUGGAUUGUUGGGCUCGUAUUGGCGGCAGUGAUCGUGGCAGCUAUUGUUGGGGGCGCUGUCGGUGGUAUUCUGGGCCAUCAGGAGCAUGACGGCGAUACAUCUUCGUCGUCAUCAUCAUCGGGCACAGGGUCUGGUGGUUCGGACAAAGGAGAUGGGCUGCUCGACAAGGAUUCCGACGAGAUCAAGGCGCUUAUGAACAACAAGAACCUCCACAAAGUGUUUCCCGGAGUCGACUAUACCCCGUGGGGAGUGCAGUAUCCGCUGUGUCUCCAAUAUCCUCCGUCGCAGAACAACGUUACGCGCGACCUGGCGGUGCUCACGCAGUUGACUAAUACUAUCCGACUUUACGGCACUGACUGCAACCAGACUGAGAUGGUCCUCGAGGCCAUUGACCGCUUGCAGUUGACUAACAUGAAGCUCUGGCUGGGCGUGUGGAUUGAUACCAACACCACGACUACGGAUCGCCAGAUUAGCCAACUGUAUAAGAUCGUGGAAAGCGCAAACGACACCUCGAUAUUCAAAGGAGCUAUUGUGGGUAAUGAAGCACUCUAUCGAGCAGGCUCCGACGUGGCGAGUGCAGAAACGAAUCUGAUCGGCUACAUUAACGAUGUCAAAGACCACUUCAAAGAGAAGAACAUUGACCUCCCGGUGGGCACCUCGGACUUAGGCGACAAUUGGAAUGCACAGCUGGUCAGCGCAGCCGACUUUGUCAUGUCGAACAUUCAUCCGUUCUUCGGAGGAGUAGAGAUUGAUGACGCCGCCAGCUGGACAUGGACAUUCUGGCAGACGCACGACACCCCACUCACAGCCGGAACGAACAAACAGCAGAUCAUAUCAGAGGUCGGAUGGCCAACGGGUGGAGGGAACGACUGUGGGUCCGACAACAAAUGUCAGAAUGACAAGCAGGGCGCUGUAGCGGGCAUCGAUGAGCUGAACCAGUUCCUGUCGGAAUGGGUUUGUCAGGCGUUGGACAAUGGGACAGAGUAUUUCUGGUUCGAGGCUUUCGAUGAGCCGUGGAAGGUCCAGUACAACACGCCCGGUCAGGAAUGGGAAGACAAAUGGGGGCUGAUGGACUCGGCUCGCAAUCUGAAGCCGGGCGUCAAGAUCCCUGAUUGCGGCGGCAAGACUAUUACGUGAACGCCGAUACGUCUCUAGACCUCCUGAUGAAAGUGAUGAUGGAUGAAAUGUACACAACAUAUCCGACAUACAUCAUGUGUUAUGAUGCACUACGACUGAUCGAUCU